AUGUUAAGUGAAAUUGAGAAAAAAAUAAAAAUAAAUGAAAGAGAGAAAUUCUAGAAACUUAACAGACCGUACGGUUGAAAACAUAUGGAAAGAAAAAAAGAAAAGUCCAAAGCGGCCGUCUUUGUCUACGUUCUUCGCCUCUGUUGUCGAUCGAAUCAGUAACUAGGGUUUGAUGAUUCUGAAUUCCAUCGUCCCCUGAAUCAGUAUUCCAAUUCAAUUAUCAAAUUAACUUAUCAACGUAAUAUGGAAGCAACCACCUCCGCUGCAGCCGCCGCCGGAGGAGGAGGAGGAGGACCGGCGCCGUUCUUGUUGAAAACAUAUGACAUGGUGGAUGAUACAGCGACGGAUGAUAUAGUAUCCUGGAGCUCCGCAAAGAACAGUUUUGUUGUAUGGAACCCUCCAGAAUUUGCAAGGCUCCUCCUUCCUACUUAUUUCAAGCACAAUAAUUUUUCUAGCUUUAUUAGACAGCUUAACACCUAUGGAUUCAGAAAGAUUGAUCCUGAGAAAUGGGAAUUUGCCAAUGAAGAUUUUGUGAAAGAUCAAAAGCAUCUUCUUAAAAAUAUUCACCGAAGGAAACCAAUUCACAGCCAUAGUAACCCUCCGGGUUCGGCAGUGGAUCCAGAGAGAGCAGCAUUUGAUGAAGAGAUAGAUAGGCUUACACAUGAAAAGGCCACACUUGAGGCAAAUAUUGUUAGGUAUAAGAAGCAGCAAUCAGCUGAAAAGCUUCAGUUGGAAGAUCUGAUGCAGAAGGUGGAUAGCAUGGGGCAGAGGCAGGAAAAAUUGCUGGCUUUCUUAGAGAAGGCUGUUCAAAACCCCACUUUUGUUGAAAAUCUUGCUCAGAAAAUUGAAUCUAUGGGUUUUUCAGCAUAUAGUAAGAAAAGACGACUGCCUCAAGUUGAUCACUCAAAGUCAAUUGCAGAAAAUAGCUUUGUGGGCAAUCACAGUAUCACUAGAUCUGAGUUUGGGAAUGUUAUCCAUCAAGAUUUCUCUAAUAAGCUAAGACUGGAAUUGUCACCUGCUGUUUCAGAUAUUAAUUUGGUCUCAGAUAGCACGCAGAGUUCUAAUGAAGAUGGAGGAAGUCCGCAGAGGAAAAUAUCUGGAGGAGACCCAAAAGAUGCACAUCCAAGAACGCCAUGUCUACUUUUUGCAGCUGAAGCAACAUUUGAGCUUUCAGAUACUGGGACAUCUUAUACAUAUAAAAUGGAUCCAAAUUUCCCAAGAAGAGUGACAGCAAAUGAAACUCCGGAACUGCAUUUGCUGCAGCAGAAUUUGAGUUCCAAUGAAGAAGUUGACGGCCAUAUUUCUUGUCAUCUAAAUCUAACUCUGGCAUCUUCUCCACUUCAAAUCAAUAGGACUCCUUAUUCGGCUAGAAUGCCUGAACUAGGUCAGGAAAUUUGCACAUCUUCAGAGUCGAAGUUUAAUGAGAAUGGUAAAGAAUCUGAUGCGAGGGUUACUUUAAAAGAGAGAUAUGCAGGUGAAGGGAAGACAAUUUUAUCUUCCUCAAAGGAGGCCCCGAAUAAUAAUCAAGGGCCUGCAGCAGCUCCACCUCGAGUCAAUGAUAUAUUCUGGGAACAGUUCCUUACUGAAAGACCAGGCUCUUCUGACAAUGAAGAGGCAAGUUCCAAUUAUAGGGCAAAUCCAUAUGAGGAGCAGGAAGAUAGAAGGUCAGGCCAUGGAGUGCUAAGACAUACUAAAAUUGUGGAGCAUCUCUCUCUAUGAGCACCAUUGUUGUAAAGGAUUGUGACAGCAUGGUCGAGUUAAAACUGAGUUAUGUUGUUCACUAUCAUUUAGUCAGGAAACUCGAGGCAGAGUCUUACAUUCUUCCCGCAGUAAAGACCUUAAUAUCCCUGCCAUCUCUUCACUUUUCACCACCCAAAUCAAGCUUUCGAAGAGUCAAGCCACCAUUCACCAAACUUAGCAGUGUAAUGCAACACUCAUUCACAAGAUAGAUGACAUAUUUGCAUAUUUGCUUGCUACAACCCCUUGGGUAUUGCAGUGAAAGUGAGUUUCCUCCUAGGUUCUGCUAGGUUGUAGGAACAUGGUAAUUCGGAUAGCCUGUCCUUGUACGUCCUCUUGCUAGGCAACGUCAACCUACUACAUAUAUAGUUCGCAAAAGGAGCAACAUAUGAAAGAGGGCAAAGAAUCACUGCCCAACAUGUUCAAAGGCUUAAAAAACUUAAGGCGCUAGUUUCCGCUGAUGUGUGCUCAAUGUAAAGCUUGGUCAGAUGGAAUUACUUGUAGAAGCUUGUUUGGUUUUUCAUGGCAGUAUAAUUUCCUUACACUUAUGCCUAGUUAUUGUUUACAAUGAGGUGAUUAACACAUUUUGAGGUGGCCAAUAUGAAGCCACACAUUUAAAAGUAUCUGGUCCUUCAAAAAGCAACAGAGGAGGGAAUCUAAGUUUUAUCAUUCUAGUUGUCUGUUGGUUUUUAUUUGUAUAGUUUUGUGGUAUACACUGUAUAUUCAUAUAUAGAGGAGAACAUGGUCAUCACAACUGAGUGACAUGAAAUUGUUGAUAUA